AUGGACUACGAGUACGCCGUUACCGCCGUGGCAGGGUCAGUACCGUUCGCGGUCCGGGGUCACAAACUUAUUCGUCACACUUCCGGUGGUACCACCGGGCCGGUUCCGGAGCGUCGGGUCACCAUCGUUGCGUUGGAGUGGCCGGCGGCGAAGACGGCCGUGGAGGCGGACGGAGGCGGAGGCGGCGGAGGAGGAGGCGGCGGAGAACGCGAAGGAGCGACGGCGGCUGCGGCACUGGAGGGACUCGUGGCGCUGCGGUCCACUAACGGAGAAACCAUCGAUCACCAAAGGAUAAACGGUGGCGGCGGCGGCGGCGGCGGCGGUGGAGGCGGUGGAGGAGGGCUCGGCGGCGGAGGCGGCGGGGGGCUCGGGAUCGAUGUGGGCGGCUGGAAUCCGUUCGCGUGGAAGAUCGGCAAAGCUGCCGCUGCCGCCGCCAGCGCCUACAUCUCGCCCGGGGGUGGCGGAGGCGGCAGCUCGGAGCUGGACAUGGCCCUCGGCAAUGGAGGGGGCGGGGGCGGGGGCUACCACACGUCCUCGCCGCGCAGUGCGGCCGACGCGAACGAGAUGAAGUACAUGCACCACCACCACCACCACCAUCACCAUCAGGCGGCGGCGGCAGCGGCCGUUGCGGCCGCGGCCACCCAACACCACCAUCACCACCACGGCGGCGGGGGCGGUGGGGGAGGCGGCGGCGUUACGGUACCCUCGAGCCCCUCACCCAACCCCUCGGGCCUGGGGGCGGGUGGGCUCGGGGGGAACCCGUGGGCGGCGCUGCAACCGAGCGAUCCUUGGUCGCUCCAUGCGGCCGCCGCCGCUGCCCACUCACACCCCGCCCACCCAGGACACCCGGGACAUCCGGUGGACGUGAAGCAGGAGAUGCACCUGUCGCAGCAGGCGGCCCGCGUGGCGGCGGCUGCGGCUGCGGCCAGCGGCGGCUCGGGAGGCGGCGGAGGAAGCAGCGGUUCCGGGGGAAGCAGUGGGGGUGGAAUGUCGUCCCCGCACGGAUGGCACGCUCCGGUCCACGGCGGAACGCAUGGGUACGGCGGGGCGGGGACCGGGUCCCCGCUGCAGUACCACGCGGCGCAUGCCGCGGCCGCCAUGAACGGGAUGCUGCACCACCCGGCGGCCACCCACCACCACCACCACGGGCACCCGGCCCAUCACCAAAGUGCGGCGGUGGCGGCCGCGGCCGUCACGCCCUCCUCCCUGCAUCCCUCGCUGCGGGGCGAGUCGCCCCAGCUGCACCUGCCACCGCACCACCCGCACCACCCGCAUCACCCGCAUCACCCGCAUCACCACCACCACCAUCACCACCUCGGCGGGGGUGGCGGCGGGGGCGGCGGGCUCGGGGGCGACCGGGAUGUGAGCGCGGGCGAGGAGGACACGCCGACGUCGGACGAUCUGGAGGCGUUCGCGAAGCAGUUCAAGCAGCGACGGAUCAAGCUGGGCUUCACGCAGGCGGACGUGGGGCUGGCGCUGGGGACGCUGUACGGGAACGUGUUCUCGCAGACCACCAUCUGCCGGUUCGAGGCGCUGCAGCUGAGCUUCAAGAACAUGUGCAAGCUGAAGCCGCUGCUGCAGAAGUGGCUGGAGGAGGCGGACUCGACGACGGGGUCCCCGACCAGCAUCGACAAGAUCGCGGCCCAGGGCCGGAAGCGGAAAAAGCGGACCAGCAUCGAGGUGUCGGUGAAGGGGGCCCUGGAGCAGCACUUCCACAAGCAGCCGAAACCGUCGGCGCAGGAGAUCUCGUCCCUGGCCGACUCGCUCCAGCUCGAGAAGGAGGUGGUGCGGGUGUGGUUCUGUAACCGGCGGCAGAAGGAGAAGCGGAUGACACCCCCGAACACGCUCGGCGGUGACGGCAUGAUGGACGGGAUGGGGGGCGGCGGCGGGGUCCCCGGUGGCCACGUGAUGCACCACGGGGGCGGAGGGGGCCACGGAGGGUACGGACAUCACCCGCACCACGACAUGCACGGGAGCCCGAUGGGGGGAGGGCACAGCCACAGCCACAGCCCCCCGAUGCUGAGCCCUCCCGGCGGCGGCAUGGGCGGCGCGGCCAGUCUGGGUGGGGGGCACCACCAGCUGACGGCCCACUAG